CCCUCUCCGCCAAUGGCGAAGGUCCUUGUUGUUCUGGCCCUGCCCCUGACAGUAGCUCGCCCAGGAAGAUGGCGGCAGCCGCAGAGUUGACGGUGCUUGAGAAGUCCCUAGGGCUGAGUAAAGGGAAUAAAUACAGUGCACAGGGCGAGCGCCAGAUUCCGGUUCUUCAAACAAACAAUGGUCCAAGUCUAACGGGAUUGACUACAAUAGCAGCUCAUUUAGUCAAGCAAGCCAACAAAGAAUAUUUGCUUGGAAAUACUGCAGAAGAAAAAGCAGUCGUUCAACAGUGGUUAGAAUACAGGGUAACUCAAAUAGAUGGACACUCCAAUAAAGAUGACGUCCACCCUCUGUUGAAGGAUCUUAAUUUAUAUCUUGAAGAUAAAGUCUACCUUGCAGGCUAUAACUUUACGUUAGCUGAUAUCCUGUUAUACUAUGGACUUCAUCGCUUUAUAGCUGACCUGACAGUUCAAGAAAAGGAGAAAUACCUUAAUGUGUCUCGCUGGUUUUGUCACAUUCAGCAUUAUCCCGGCAUCAGGCAACAUCUGCCUAGUGUUGUCUUCAUUAAGAACAGACUAUAUUACCAGUUCCCAUUAGAAGCUGUCCAUGCUGUAUGAAGAGUGAUUAAAAAUGUUUCAAAUGGAAAAUAUAUUCUGGACCACAGGACUAACAUAAAUUGAUAUGCAGCCAUUCUUUAUUUGUUUAUGUAGAUGCUGAAAAUUUUAAAGUGUAAGCUUGUGUCUGAAUGUUUUGUUCUUUAGUUGAAAUUUUGCAAUUUUUUAUGUAAAAAUUCAACUGCUGUCAAAAAAAACUUGUGUCAAGAUCAAGUUAUAAAUUACUUUGUUUUACAGAUAAAAUUUACUUUAAUAAAAGUUGCAAAUCAUUGGCUUAAUCUUAGAGUUAAAAAUAGAUGGUUCUUUCAGGGUUGACAUUUUGGGCUAUUUAUUGACCUCUGUUUGAUAUUUUAAAAUUCAUUUUCCCUCAAUGGAUAUUUAGCUAGUUAAGAUCUAUAAUAAAUUGUGCCAAGGAUACAGAAAGGGAAGAGAGAUGGAUUUGUUUUCAUGUAUUUAUGUGAGCUAGUAAAUGUGG